CGCAAGAGCGUAAGGAAGCAGGAAGAGUAAACGUAAAACGGGUAGGAAAAUAAUCCCGGCAUGGCGGACCAGGGAAAGCGUUAAAACAGAGAAACUAGCAGGGGGAAUAAUGUGGCCGAAAGCGAUGGAUUUCCUGAAGCCAACAGUGGACAGACACUGAGAUGUGUCAGGAUCCACGGGAACGCCUGUGGAUGUCCAUAGUGGCGUGAGGAGCGGUUUGAUCCGGGGCUCAGGGACGCAGGAUGGCGUCUGGGAGGGGAGCCGACCAACGCGUGUGACUCUCCUUAAUCUCCACUGGAGUUUAUCACUGGAGACUCGGAGACGAUUCACUCAUACACACACUCACACACACACACACACACGCUUACAGGGCAAGAUGAAUACGGUUAAAUGUGGGACAGUGACGUGGAGGCCGCAGCCGUGGCAGGACGCUGACAGCGGCGGUGGCGAGCCCCUCUCGGACAGCGACUCUGAGGAGGAGGACUUUCCAGACGACACAACCACUCCGCUGGGCGAGUACAUUACUCAGGGUUUAAAGCAACUUCUUGAUGCUCAGCAGUUGUGUGAUGUCACUCUUUUAGUAGAAGGAAAGAAGUUCAUGUGCCACAGAGUUCUCUUGGCUGCUGUCAGUCCAUAUUUCCGUGCCAUGUUUACCAGCCCCUUGGUAGAAUCUCGUCUGACCGAGAUCCGUCUGGAGGAGGUGACUCCUUCAGUCAUGGAGACGGUUAUCCAGUUCGUCUACACAGGAGAAGCAGGGCUCAGUCUUGACACAGCAGAGGACUUGUUUGUGGCGGCCAAUCGUCUUCAAGUCAUGCCCUUGCAGAAUCUUUGUUCCAGGUUCCUCUUUGAACACCUUUCUGUGGAAAAUUGUUUGGGUAUGUACUCUCUGGCACGCUCACACCAUGACCAGCUUUUGCUCAGAGCCUCUUUGCGGCUGGUGGCUCAGCACUUCCCUCGCGUGGCACGCCAGCGGGACUUUCUCUUGCUGGACCCGGGUACCCUGGGAAGCCUCCUGGAGUCGGACCGGCUUGGCGUGGAAUCCGAGAAGGAGGUGUACAAUGCGGCACGGCGCUGGGCUGAGCACCGGCCCGCUGAACGUUACGUCCACAUGCCUGCACUGCUUCGUCACUUGCGCCCGGGUCUCCUGGCUCCUGAGGAGAGCAGGCGGCUGAGCAAAGAGCUUGGCCCGAGGGCGGGCACUGAGGGUAUGGGAGGUCCUCUAAGGCCCCGGGAAGGCAUGCUGGAGAAAAAGAUUGUUUGUGUGGACCUUAAGCCCAGAGAGGACGAGGCUUUACGAGAGUGUGACUACACGGUGGAUUGUUUUGACCCACGCACAGGCAAGUGGGAGAAACUUUCAGCCCUGGGCUCUUUGCUGUGCCCUGGGUGCACAGCCGUUGGUGGCCGGCUCUUUGUAGCCGGUGGCAUUUUACGAACAGGCCAGGUUUCUUCGUCAAUGCACGAGUACGACGUAGUGCUGGACCGCUGGAUAUCUCGGCCAUCCAUGGAGCAGCCACGUGCCAUGUUCGGCUUCCUGGGCUCAGGGAAUUUUCUUUAUGCCCUGGGUGGCUGCAAUCGAUCAGCUCUUCUUGAUACAUGUGAAACUUUCGACCUUACCACGCUAACGUGGGCACCGGGUCCACGUUUGCCAUUGCCGCUUCGCUCUUUUGCCUGUGCCACACUAAGAAGCCGACUGUACUUGCUCGGAGGCGCCACGCUAGAGCAGAACCGGGCCAUGGUUCACGCCGGUGUGCUCAUCUAUCACACAGGUACAAGGACCUGGAAUCGCAUCGGCCUCGAUUCCGGUGCCACCUGCCUUGCUGGAGGAGUAGCGGUACGUGGAGGAGUGUGCGCCGUGGGCGGGUACAUGCGUGACGCAGCGAAAUUUCUGGACGGCAAUUACACCCAUUUGGAACCACUUGAUGCCACAGGGCGAGUUUUGUUUUUCCGAGAAGGGAGGGCGGCGGGGACUGACCGGGACGCCGUGGUCGGAGUCGAGAGAAUGGGAGGUGGAGGUAGUGACCGCGCUCCCAGUCCGGUUGUUUUUCCAGGUCUGCCACGGCGCAUAGCCGCUGCAGGCGUUGCUAGGUGGAAGCGUAGGAUUUAUGUGUUAGGUGGUGAGAAUGGCUCAAGGUUUUAUGACAGUGUGUACUGUUGGAAACCCGGCUGGCGGAGCUGGGUCCAGAGACGCGAGAAACUACCAGGAGAUACGGGUGGAGUGAGCCAGUUUGGGUGCACCACUUUAAAGUUCCCCAAAAAACACAUCCUAGCACGUAUUAGAACAGCCCUGGAGAAACAAGGCAAAGAAAAGAGACGGAAACGAAAGACAGACACCGUGGAAAGAGACCGACAAACCAGAAGGGCAAAUAAGUAUCAGGAGCACGACCAAGGACCAUUUCGUCUCUAAAUCUACCACCUUUACUAAUAUACGUCAGUUCAUCACGUUGUCAUCAGUUCCAGUCUAUACAGUGUACAGCACUACAGGAUUCUCAAUAUUUACAGAAAGCAUCACACGGCCCUGAGGAAAGCGUAAUCCCCGCUCUGUACCUUGCAGUAAAUCUUCUCCUUAUUGUUCAUUCAUUGAUGAAUUGUCGCAUACAAAAUUCCCUUCCAAAAGUAUUGGAAACGGAAAACUGGACAUUCUUUUGCUUAUGGUGUAUUUUUAGAUCUAGUGAUGUUAAGCGAAUUAAAACUAAACAUUAAUUGAACAACAAUGAGAAACACUAUAUUGCCAAAAGUAUUGGGUCACCUAGUCAUGGGUACGGUAUGUGAUUAUUAAGUGUUGCAUUCCACAUUUAGUCCCAAUUAGCUCAUAAUUCCCUCCACUCUUCUGGGAAGAUGUUUAAGAAAGGCAGGUACUGAUGUAGAUGAGGAGACCUGGGGUGCAGUCAGCGUUCA